GUGGUUAACACUUAUUUAUCGAUCAGUGCGUCCGUCGUGACGGCAUUCGCAACCUCCUUCCUGGUCUCGCACGAGAGAAAGGUGGAAAUGGAGCACGUGCAGAAUUCGACUUUGGCGGGAGGAGUAGCGAUUGGGGCGAUCGCGGAUCAAUUGACGAAUCCAUUCGGGGCAUUGAUUGUAGGAAGUGUCAUCGGGAUAAUCUCAGUGUGUGGAUUCAAGUAUUUCCGCCCUUGGCACGAGAACAACUUGGUCAUACUUGACUCCUGCGGUGUGAUGAACCUGCAUGGCAUCCCGGGAUUCGUGUCUGCAAUUGCCUCGAUCGUCAUCUACUUGGCUUAUCCCAAGGCGACCUCGGAUUCGUCGAGCCAACCCAUGGCCCAGUUGUAUGCCAUUCUCACAACUCUUGGUAUUGCGACCGGUGGAGGCGUGAUCACAGGCUGGCUUCUUACGAUACGGAGCAUGCGACGACUAGAGAAUUUGACUUGGUACGAAGACAGCGAAUACUUUGAAAAUGCCUUGGACUCGGAAGGACUCACUCACGUCCCGAAUGAACCCGAAGCAGCUAAUCGAAACCAAAGCAUUCAGAUGAAAACUCGGUCAGAUAAUCAUAAAGUUAUCACUGUCUACUGAGGUUCUCUUUAUUACGAGACAAUGAGAGCAUGUAGGCGAGGUUUUCUUUGCGCGAAGCCAAGAAGAAGAAGAAAAAGAAACUUAGCUCGAGAUACGCACUUUUCUUUUGCACGAUGUUUCCUAAAUUCAAGCGCAAAGAAAACUGCAAAAAAAUAGCUGCUGACUUUUGCCUAUACGUGUGCAAUGGUUAAAACCGAGGUUCAAUUUUUCAGUGUUUUAUGGUUCGAAUGAAAAUACAAUUUUCUUGAGAACA